CCUCGUUUUUUUGUUGUUGCUAUUUUCAUCAUGCCGCAGCACAAUCCCUACUCCGAAUAGUGCCUCUCGAACAUGAUCUAAUUGGGAUAUAGUUUAGUCUAGUUAAUUAAGUAUAUUGUAAUUAGGCAAUGCACAUGAUUACGCCUUCAAUUGAAGUGUCCUUAUGACAGCCACGCAACGUGUUCCGGCUCGCUUGCCUCGCAUUAGACGGUAGCAAACUUCUAUUACGCAACUUCUAAAUCAAAGUCAUUAUUCAGCGCUGAUCGCUUGGCGCCCGAAAUGAUGUCUUCAGGGCAAAAGGCUCCAGCGAGUUACAGCCAGUUACUUCAAACAAGGGCUGUACCAUUCUACUCUGCCAGCUCAUUUAAGCAAGGUUUUUUUUCCACUAAUAAGCAAAUGAGCUCUUAUGCAUUUUGUGUUCUGGAAAGGUAUCAUGUGAUUAUGGAACUGUUGUUUCAUAUCGCGGUCGACAAGCACCAACUGAACCAGUGGGAUCUUGUUAAAAUUGUUGACGACAUAUGCUUGUUGUUAUGGUGAGAUCAUACUGUAUAUGAUCUCAUUACAAGUCUCAAAAAAUAAGCACCAUGCGCUCUUGUUUAUCAUGGAGGCAGCCUCUGUGAUCUGCUGAAGCUCGCUCUCUUAUGGCGUGUUUAACAACAAGCCCUGACUAAAUGCAAAAGUCUCCUACCAGCUAAAUAGACUAUAUUGUAUCAAUAUCAAACCUUGAAUUGCAAGGGUUCCUCAUCCAUAAAAGUCACUUAACAUAAGUCUUCAAUUAGUGACUGGCUUGAAGCAACAUUUUUGUUGAGUGCAGGUUAUUAAUUUAGCACACAGCGAUUUAUUUUAUGUGGGCCAUUAAUGAUUAGGGAGGGGCAUCGCUCUUCAUGCCUACAGGUAGAUUGUGGAGAUUUGGGUGUAGGGUUAAAAUGAUUUAUUGUAAUUAUUUACUUUUUUAUCAGUAAACUUAUAUUAAUGAAGAAUAACUUAUCAUAAGGACACUCCUUGACCACCAAAUAUUUGAUUUCAUUCUUGGAGCAAGAUGAAGGGAAGAUGCAGGGAGCCAUUUACCAAGCAUGCAUUCAGUGAGACAUUGGAUGGACAUGAUUCUUAUUGGGAAACACAUUAACAACAAAGGGUAAAAGAGUGAGGGGAUGUGAGCAUUGUGGAGAGUUUAGGGUUGGCCAGGGCUGACGUCGGCCGUGGCCGGAGUGACAAUGUUAACCUGCACUAUUCUAGGAAGAACGGAUACGUCUGCAAGGCUGCAAGCCAAAUAAAUGUACAAUACAAAGGAGGCAGAAGAUUGGCUUGGGCCGAGCACCAGGCGCCGUGACUACAUUGGCAAUGCGAAUGCAAACUACCUCAACACCUUUUAAAAUGGAGAGGUGGAAAGGAAGCUAUCUCUAGGUGUAAAGUCGAAUGUAUACACAGGGCUUUACCAUAUAUUAGUAAUGAUAUGAACAAGGUUGAUAUCAUUUUUCAAUAAAUUAUAUAUAAAAAUUUCAAUGAAUAAUUCCCCGUCAAUUAUAGAUUACAGUGUUGAGCCUGAAACGUGAGCGUGCUGAGUCCUGAUGGGGUCAUGUCUGUGCAUCUCUCAGCAGAUUGUAGGGAAGUACUUUGCCGUGGUCGGCUAGAAUGACUACAUAGGGCGUGCCCGGGAUAGUUGUGUGGUAUUGACCUGAACAUAAUUACUCCCUAUUACCUCCAUGUGUGAGUGUUAGCCCCGCCCCAUUGGAAGGCUAUCCGUGGGCACCACAACAAGUGUGCACUGUGGAAGCUCUCAGGUUUGUCUAUUAGAGUGGAAGCUCUCAGGGGUGUAGUGGUGUGUAGUGUGGAAGCUGUCAGGUGUGUGUAAUGUGGAAGCUGCCAGCCAGGUGUGGGUCGAAUCUCACAGGUUUGUCCACAACAGCUCUUAACACCCCCGUCACAGUGGCACCGCGGCGGCAGGAACUGAACCCUGUGUCGUCUCUCUCGUGGGACUCCGGAGCGAGGAUGAGGGCCGACGCCGUGCCGACGCCACCCCUGCUGCUGCUGCUGCUGCUGCUGCUGGCGGCGCCGGCUCACGCCUGGACCGGACGGACCUCCGACCCGGACGCCGCCUACGGCAGCGCCGCCGGUUUCCUCAUGGGCCUGAGCCGACCGGCCAACUCCAGCCGCAUCUUCUACGGCGUGAUGUUCGACGCGGGCAGUACGGGCACCCGCAUCCACGUCUACACCUUCAUCCAUCAGGACACAGCGCUGCCUGUGUUGGACAAUGAGAUGUUCCAUUCCAUAAAACCGGGCCUGUCCGCUUAUGCUGACUCUCCAGAAACAGCCGCCCACACGGUGAAGAUGCUGCUGAAGGUGGCCAAGAAGACGGUCCCGAGGCUGGAGUGGAAGCGGACCCCGGUGAUCCUGAGGGCCACGGCCGGCCUCCGGCUCCUGGCCCCGGAGAGAGCCCAGGCGCUGCUGGAGCAGGUGGAAGACGUGCUGGAAGACUCUCCCUUCUUGUUGCCCGAUGACGGCGUGGGCAUGAUGGACGGCACCAGUGAAGGAGUGCUGGCCUGGAUCACCAUCAACUUCCUGACAGGUCACCUGUACGCAAACACUCAGAACACCGUGGGAAUCCUGGAUCUUGGGGGAGGAUCCACUCAGAUCACCUUCCUGCCAAAUCUCCGGAAGACCAUUGAAAGCUCCCCCGGUGUGGACUAUGUCGCCCAAUUCGAGGUGUUCAACUCGUCACACCAGCUGUACAGUCACAGUUACCUGGGGAACGGACUGAUGGCGGGACGACUGGCGACGCUGGGGGCCCUGGGGGCUGAAGGGCUGGAGUGGAGGGUCUUCACCAGCGCCUGUCUGCCCAACCGGUUCAGCGACCAGUGGAGAUUCGGGGGGCUCACUUACCACCUCCGAGGGGGCCAAGACGGCAACGCGGGCUACCGGCCGUGCCACCAGGAGGUGCUGAAGGUGGUGCAGGGGGUGGUCCACCAGCCCCCGGAGCUCGGCGACGGCACCGCCUUCUACGCCUUCUCCUACUACUUCGACCGCGCCGUGGACGCCGGCCUCAUCGACGGUGUUCGUGGGGGCACGCUGGAGGUCAGAGACUUCAAGAAGCGCGCUAAGGAGGUGUGCAACAAGAUGGCCGAGGGGGGACCGGGCGUGGCCAGGCCCUUCCUGUGCCUGGACCUGACCUACAUCACCUGCCUGCUGAAGGAGGGCUUCGGCUUCAAGGAGAGCACCGUGCUACAGCUGACCAAGAAGGUUAACCACGCUGAGGCCAGCUGGUCUCUGGGCGCCAUGUUGGACCACUUCUACAACCUGAAGAUACGCUGAGGUGUGUGUGUGUGUGUGUGUGUGUGAGAGAGCCUCUCCUCUCCCCACUCCCCACCCCCUACCUCCCACCCCCCCCCCCCCCCACCGCCCACCCCCAGCCUCUUGAGCCGGCGGUGGUGUUUGGUAACUAAUGUACAGGAGUACGAGUGGUGGUGGUCGACUGUCCAGACGUCUGUGCUUUGCUUCAUUUUAUUUCCUAAGUGGCGUUACCAACCUCCAGAGUGUUCCUUAAUGGCUUUUACCAGAAAUGACUCGUGGGCGUUAACAUAUCGAGCGGUAAAUGCAGGACCUGUUGCCCCGCAUGUGACGGGCUCCCCCCCCCCUGCCUCACACCGUACACGCCGCUGUCCACGAGACCCCCCCCCCCCCCUUGUC